AACUGCGCAUGCGUCCUCUGUCACCAAGCGUCACGUGACCCACGACUCGUCUCGGUUGUUCGAUUUUGGCGAUUUGUUGGUGUAUUUAUCACGAAAUUCGAGCCUUUUCUACCAAAUCAGGCACAUAAUUCACAUAUUUUCUGGAGCAGACGACUACAGAGAGAAGGACGAUGAAGUCAAGACUGCUUAUUAGCCUUUUAUUGAUGGCUAUUGUUGCAUCUUGCAGAGCCCAAAAUCAAGUUGAGUUCACCACAGAGCCACAGGGCACCACCGCGUUUGAGGAUGACAGUGUGCAGUUCACCUGUGAGGCCCAGAAAACUGGUGGUGGCGAUGACGUGGCCAUCGUGUGGGUGAAGACAUCCGGGGGCUCCGUUGUUAUAGAUGACUCCACUGACGCCCGCUUCACUUUUGCCACGGUCAACACUCCUGGAAGCGCGAAAAGUAAUUUUAGCAUUGAUGACCUGCAAGUUGCUGACACCGGCUCGUACAAAUGCUACGCCUCAAACGACCCGACCCGCGGCAGUAACCCAGUGUUGGAGCCUACCAAGUGGGAGUCUGUACAGGCUAAUCUCAAAGUUUUUGCAAAGGUUGCCAUCAACCAGACAGCUGACACAAACCUGACGGCGAUUGGGACCCUGGAGCUGGGCUGUCAAGUCAGCGAUCCCGGCAGUGACCUGGCAAUAGCCAGCGUGACCUGGACAAGGGAUGGUGUCGCUGUGACGGACGACGGCAGCAGUACACAGCCCAACUAUUUUCUGAAGAUCACCCAAGCUAGUGGGAGUGAUGGUGGAGUUUAUACCUGCACCGUGACCUUCAACGUCCUAAGUACUCCAGGAGUCACUGUCACAGACAGCCAAGACAUCACCGUAUGGGCUCUUCCAAGGAUCACCUCCCACUUCAGAAAGUCUGUGAAGUACCAGGAAGGUGAGACGGUGACCCUGAAGUGCACCGCUGAAGGCUACCCCACACCCACGGUCAAGUGGCUCAAGGAGAACGAAGAACUGGUCAACAUGAGCUCCAGAAUGAGUUAUUUCAUGGACGACGACGGUGCAGCAAACCUCAGAAUCACCAACUUGGAGAUGGGAGACAGGGCAACCUACACCUGCAGCGCUGAGAACAGCCUGGGCUCGGAUAACCUACCUGUUCUGCUCAGGGUAAAGGAUCGGCUGGCAGCUCUGUGGCCGUUCCUGGGCAUCCUGGCCGAAGUGGUUAUCCUGGUCAUCAUCAUCUUCUACUUCGAGAAGAGGAAGUCCGACUCAGAUGACUCAGCCGAGGACGAAGAUGAUGAUGAUGCUCCUGUCAGUAAGAAGAAGUCCAACAGUGCUACCAACGAGAAAAGCGUGGAGAAGGAUGAAAGUGACGUGCGACUACGUAACGUGAACGCAUAGUGGGCUCCCUGUGCACUCCUCAGUACUGGGUUGUACCAGGUCUUACUUAGUACUUCAUCAAUGUUACCAGAAUUAUGCAGCAGUUGUACAUGGAAACUUCCGAGCUGAUUUUUUUUCUUUAGAUUUUCCUUUUGGCUAAAGCCAGUCUUCCCGAGGAGCAAUAAUACACUUACAUUAAGUUACAGUUCAAGUAACACCAUACCAAGUACGUUUUGAAGUGAUAAAAAAAGUUAAGCAAAUUUUGGGUUACACAGGUUACAUGUAACAUUUCUAAUAAAUUCUCCCAUUCCAAUGUUUGGCUACAGCUUCAUGUACAACGUACAGCACCUGGAAAUUUCUGAGAAAGAAAAUAUAGGGUCCAAGAAAAAAUAUCUAUACCUUCAGUGCACAAAAUCUAACAAAACCUACAGAACAGGCAAAUGUAGUUUUGACUUUGUAUCAGACCACAGUAUACAGUAACGUUCCAAGAAGAGGUGUUUUAAAACCCCCAUUGCUGUAUGUUGUCAUAUACAUGUCCAUGUAAAUAUUCUAAGAAAUGAGAAGUUACAAAUACUGGCCCUUACUUUUCAACACAUGUGAUUUGAACAAGGACAUUAUAAUGUUGUUGAUUCGAUGAAACUGAAAGCCACGAGCUACAUGUGAAAUUUCCGCCACAUACCCUACCAUACAAGAGCUUGUUGUCACAAAAUGCUACACCUAUUGGUGUGGAGGUUGGUCCAGUCAUAUGGAAGACUUGAAAUCGCUGCAACAGAUUUGAAGGCCCAUGCUUGCCUCCAGCAAACACACAAAAAAACUUUCAUGUAUGUCAAACUGCAGGAUAGUUACUGUAUUUUACUCUGCAGGCUGCUGGUACAUGUUAAAAGGUUGAUAAAAUUGUGAGAAACCAAAUGUUUUUAGGAUGUAGCAUUGUAGAGAGUGCUUCUAACUGAAGCUAGUAGAAAAAACAUUCACACUGUAAUGUAUCUAUACUAUCGUUCUAAUAUGGUGCAAGUUGAAAAUGUUGAAAGUCCACACACAUACACGUGUUGUGUGCGAUGUGUUGUUGUUUGUGUGUCUUUUGACAGUGAAAAUGUGACUAAACAAAUGUUGUUUCUGUUGUAUUAUAGUUCUACGGUGUCCUGGGACUUCAGAUGUGUAUAUAAUCUUUAAUGUACAUGUGCUAUUACUAGACGGGAUUUGUAAACGUUUUGACCACGAUAUUGUACGUGCACAUUUUACUUGUGAAAUUUGAAGCCAGAUUUUUGUAUGCGCUUUCUUUUACUCCAGUUGUUUCAUUUUAUCAACAGGCUUGUAACAAUGUAUAGUACAUAUACCUUUUGUCAAUGUAGUAGUGAUUUAGUCUUGCUGAUUGGCUAGAGGAAGGGCAUUGUAUACUACAUGUACGUUCAUUUGUACCAGUGCACAUGCUAACAAGGUACAAAAUGUAGCUUGGUUUAGUCAAAAAUCACCACAGUUUGCUCAUUUUGGCACUAUUUUCUCUACCUGCCUUUAUCGAUGUAUACUAUAUGUAGUAUUCUGUCCAAUUUACUGCAUACUAACUGUUCCUGAACAGUAGUGUAACAAACAGUAUGUUGUGACAUUAUAUUAGUUUGUCAUAUCACACCCAAGACUCUCCUCCACAUAAACUCACAAUGUUGGUUCAGGUAGUAUUUUAUAUAAAGUACCCUUUGAAACAUACUGUAGUAAGUAGCGAACAUGCCAACCCAUAAUAUCCCGCACACCCAGUAGCAAUGCUAGCUAGACUUUGUUGUUAUAAGCUGCUGCUUUCCGUCGUGCAAAUUUCCUUUUUUUUUCAGUGGAAAGAGGAAGAAAGCUGUAAGUUAGUAAAUGGAAUAUCACAUGGCGCAUUUGUGCAUGUGAUGUGGUGCUGCAGUUGAUACAUACAUUACUAGUAAUCAGAAGGGAUUAAAAUAUUCAGGUGAAUUCU